AAGUCACGCUUAGACAACAUAACCUUCAAUUUAAAGCGAAGCUUUUCGCUUCAUUAUAGAUCUUUCGUUUGUUGUGCUUUGUUGGUUAUUUUGCCGAAAAGAAAACAAUUUUGAAUAUUUCGAAAUAUUCCUAUCGAAAAAUUUGUUCUUAACCACAGUUUUUCACUAAAAAAAAAUUCGAACAUAAUGGCGUUAACUAAACCAAAAUCCGAAAUGACCACGGAGGAACUACAAGCCCGAGAGGAAGAAGAAUUCAACACGGGCCCCCUUUCAGUCUUAACGCAAUCGGUGAAAAAUAACACGCAAGUACUUAUAAACUGUAGAAACAACAAAAAACUACUUGGCCGAGUCAAAGCUUUCGACAGGCAUUGCAACAUGGUGCUUGAAAAUGUUAAGGAAAUGUGGACGGAACUGCCCAGACCUGGCAAAGGAAAAAAGAAGUCAAAACCUGUAAAUAAAGACAGGUUUAUUUCCAAGAUGUUUCUACGAGGGGAUGCAGUCAUUAUGGUUGUUAGAAACCCACUUGCGACAGCCAGCUAAGUACAUUAAAUUUAAGGGAUGUUUGAUAAUUUUGUGAACAUUACUAGAAUUAAGAUUUGUGUUUCAAUUAUUUAUGUAUGUGAGGUUGGUACCUUAAGUAAAAGUAUGACUUAAUAGUUUGAAGUCUUUAUAUGUUUACAUUGAGGUUUCUAUCAUGCAAUCCAAUUAAAAUAAGAGUGAUAAAUUUGAUUUUUCAAUAAACAUUUAAUUUGUUUUA